AUGGCCCCUCGCGACCUGCCGCCCCUAACCGCGGCCCCGUCGCCUCUAGCCUCGGCCCCUCGCAACCUGUCGCCCCUAGCCGCGGCCCCGGUGCCCUGUCGCAUCAUGGAGGGAUUGUGGAGCAGCAGUGGGGGGGAGGGGAUCUGCAGCACCAGCCCCCCCCACCCCCCCCUUCUCCUACCUCCCCCUGCUGCGGGUGCAGCAGUGGGGGGGAGGGGAUCUGCAGCACCAACCCCCCCCGUCCCCCCCCUUUUCCUUCAUCCCUGGGAGGUGACGGAUAGUGGAGCAGCAGUGGGGGAGAGGGGAUUUGCAGCAUCAGCCCCCCCCCCCGCCCCCCCUUCUCCUCUCUCUCUCUCCCUGCCGCACCUUGUGUUGGGAGGGGGGGAGGAGCUUGGAUGUUAA